ACAAUGUGGUUCCCCCCGCCGCCGACAUCUUUUGUUGCGUUCAGAAGUUCCACUAGCCGAGCGGGGCACAGUCAGGUGAUCGUACGACAAAAAAUGAGAAAAAAAUAUAGCCAAGCCUCGCACGGACACACGCUAUGGAAAUUGAGUUAAAAUUAAUUUUUGGGAAGGGGAUUCCUGUCUGCAAUUUGCUUUUGAUGCCCACCGGUGACGUUUGAGGGCAAGCUGGUGUCCGUUUGUGGGCGGGGCCACAGCUGCGCGGUGCUGGUGCUGUUGCUGAGCACAUCUGCUGCGUCGCUCCCUCCGAAGGAUCCCCCCCAGCCCACCCCACCCUGAUCCACCUUUGCAUCUUUUCGUUCUGCUUUCCCUCAUUCAACAUCAGCGGAUGGGAAGCCACUCGGGUUAAAACAUGUGCGCCAACGUGUUCGGAGUGUUGAAGAGCCUCUUCGGGAAGCCCUUUGAUGGUGGCAAGAGGAUGGAGCACGCAGGGUCUCCGCCGCCGCCGCACGAGCAGCAGCAGCAGCAGCAGCCGAUGGCAACGGAGCAGGCGCCCCAGCACCCGGCCAUGAUGCGGCUCUACGAAGUCCACCGCGAGGUGACGGCGCUGGGCCCUCAGGUGUGCAUCUUCAGCGGCCUGCCCGACGACCGCGACUACAAGCGCCUGGAGCGCGAGCUGACGCGCCUCCUGCUGGAGGUGGACCGCGUGGACACGGAGGGCAGGGCCGAGCUGCAGGGGGCGCGCAAGCGGGCGGCGCAGGAGGUGGAGGGCCUGCUGCGCUACCUGGAGGACAACGCCCGCCACCCGUCCCGCCUGGCCAUGGAGGAGCUGAGCCAGGAGGCGCGGCGGCUGGUGGAGGCCCGCGUGGUGGCGCCGCAGCGCCAAGGCGGCGCCGCCGACGUCGACGACGAGCUGGUGGAGGCCCUGCGCCGGCUGGUGCUGCGCCUCACCCAGGUGAAGACGGAGGGGCGGGUACCGCUGCGCAAGGCGCGCUACCGGGCGCUCACCCGCCUCUGCGCCGUCCAGGACGUCCUGGAGGGACGCACGCCGCAGCAGACGCUCUCGCUGCCGCUUUCGGGGGAGACGCACGCCGCCGUGCACUGCAUCAACCAGGUGAUGGCCAAGGUGAGCGUGGCGCGCAGCCAGCUGGUGGCGCUGCUGAUGGGCCUGAGCGGGCGGGACAGCUGCGCUCACCUGUCGCGGCUGCUGAUGGAGAUGCAGGUGGAGCUGGACGCCCUGGACGUGUCGGGCAACGCCGCCGUCAGGAACUACCGCAAGCAGGUGGUGGAGGAGAUCAACGGCCUCCUCAAACAUUUGGACCUGGAGGGGGAGGGCGAGGACACGCGCAGGUACGACCUGGCCCAGAACGAGUCCAUCCAGCAGAUCGAGGAGGCGCGCGGCCACGUGCGGCACCUGCGCGAGGCGGUGCUGCGGCACCGCGCGCCGGGCGAGCCGGGCUUCCGGCCCAAGGCCGAACUGCAGGGCCUGCUGACCCGCCUGGACCAGGUGGACACGGCCAAGAACCCCUGCAUCCGCGAGGCCCGGCGCCGCGCCGUGGUGGAGGUGCAGGCGCUGGUCACCUUCCUGGACCUGCGCGAGGCGCUGGCGGGCCGCCGCCCCGGCCCCGAGGAGCCCCCCGCCCACCGGCAGGUGUGGGCGGUGCUGGCCAGCCUGUCGGAGCUGCAGGCCCGGGCGCUGGGCUUCGACGGCAAGCGGGCCGACAAGAGCUACGCGGUCCUGGAGGAGCUGCUGACCGAGCAGCUGCUGACGCUGGACGCCGUGGACCCGCGCGGCGACGACGGCGCCAAGGUGGCCCGCAAGCAGGCCGUCAAGUUUGCGCAGAACGUUCUCAACUAUUUGGACAUGACGACGGACGAGUGGGAGUACUGAACGCGCGCUCCGCCGCCGCCGACUCCGCCCUGCCGCGCGUUCGCAAAAGGCGACAUGGACCUUUGUGUGGUUGUGUGUGACUGUGCGUGUCGCUGAGCGAGUACGUCCAAACUUCUCACAAAAUUUCCUCCAUCCCGUAUCGUCAAACUUGUCAACUUGAUUGUCAUUUUUAACGGGGAAAUCUCUCGCGGAAUGUUCUCAACUCCUGCUUCCGCGGCGCUAGCAUGGAGGUAGCUGGGCUUCCCCCUGAGCCGGAACUUCUUUCGACGGCAGCUCCCGUCAUUGGGGCCCGAGUGCCAGCAAGCACUUGGCUGCGUCCAAGUUCACGUGCUCGGACCUCAACAAAACAGACACUUGUACAAUGUCCGUGCCUUCGUGUUCACGCUUUCUCCAGCCGGUUCCAAAAGCCGAUCGGAUCCGCCACGUCAAGACGACGUGUGUACCAUAUCGGCCGGCGCACGCCUGCUUGCGCAUUACACCACGCGAGUGUGCACCCGACGCGUGCGACGAGACCGCAACUCCUUCUCAACCCGCCGACCAUCUCAGCCGAUGUGCCCCCACGCACACGCAAAGAGCACAAGCGAGUCGCACCGGCAUGUAUUUUUCGGCCAGUCUUUUUAUUGCACAAAACAACAAUGGAGCUUUAAGUGUGCGCGGACGAAAAACAAAAAGUGUGGACGCCAUUCGUGGAUUGAUCUUGUUUGGCCGGAUCAAAGAAAUAAUAAAGAGGUCAACGCCGCCUUAUUGCUAUUCGUCUUUCAACCAAACGUCUUCCACGCAUCGGUCAAAUACGAGAGCCAAACCUGGCAGGCAGGCCUCGUCUGUCUUAACACGCAGCACGGAUGUUGUUUCUUAAUUGUACAAGCAAGUGCUUUUCAUUUCAAAUGAAUGUGCCGCUUUAUAUUUUCUCGACUUUUUGUCAAAGCUAACGAUGGACCGCGCAGCUUGUUUUUUGACAUGGCGUGUAUAAUUAAAAAAAAAAAAGGGAAAGGCUGUUUCGAAGAAAGCUUGCGUUUGGAUUCGCUGCCAAAAUAAAAGUCCGUUUAUGUAGCAGUGGAAAAA